UUCGUACUUCGUUGAUCGUUCAAUCAGUCUGCUUGUAACAUUUAUCUGAGGCGGUCGGUGUGUUCGUAUUGUUUUUAUUAAAACGCGUUUCGUUGUGAAGUAAUUGUGUUUUGUAUUAAAGUGCAUGAUGGCUUACAACGGCGGUGGUGCCAAAAGACUGUGUACAGGGACUGAUCUGGAUGUUGAAAGGAGUAAUGGCAACAACUAUAUGUCAGCAGAGCCUAGGCGUAAAAGAGAGCCUCCGGCCAGACCUAAUCACAUCCUGCUCUACACUAUCAUCAAUCCAGCAUAUCCUAUCACUGUGGAUGUCGUACACACAAUCAGCACACCGCACGGACAAGUACAGAGAAUCGUUGUUUUCAAGAAGAAUGGUGUGCAGGCGAUGGUUGAGUUUGAGAGCGUGGAGUCUGCGACACGAGCUAAAGAUGCGCUGCAUGGCUGCGAUAUAUACUCUGGAUGCUGCACACUAAAGAUUGAAUAUGCUAAGCCUGAAAGACUGAAUGUGUUCAAAAACGACCAAGAUAGCUGGGACUAUACGCUGUCGGAUGAAGGACAACCACAACAGCGCAGCGCACCUCUGUUGCAGUCACCACAAUACACUGGCGGUAGACCACAGCCCUACAAUGCAAGUACCGUCAACCAUGCGCCUGCGACGCGAGCCUGCAGUGAAGACUCUUGCAGUCAGCACAGUCAGCACAGUGAUGCACAGAACGACAUGGACUUUGGCAGUGGCGGUCCACCGCCGGGUAUGAUGAAAGAUAGACAUGGACCACCGCCUCCUCAUCAUCCGCGUGACGGUCGCGGUCCCUAUGGCCCCGAAGGCUAUGGCGGAGAAGGUUUCGUUCCACCGCCACCAAUGCAUCAUCCUCCCAUGCCACCACAAAACCAGGGUGGUCCACCACAACAAGGCGGCGUGAUGAUGGUAUAUGGACUGGAUCCGACUACAGCCAACGCAGACAGAUUGUUUAAUCUUUGCUGCCUCUAUGGAAACGUUGUUAGGAUAAAGUUCUUGAAGACAAAGGAGGGUACGGCAAUGGUUCAAAUGGGUGAUCCAGUCUCAGUGGAACGAUGUGUGCAGAACCUUAAUAAUGUUACAGUUGGAGAUUACACGCUCACACUCGCGUUCUCAAAGCAGGCAUAUUUAUCCGAGGUGAUGAACCCCUAUCCACUGCACGACAAAUCUCCAUCAUUCAAGGAUUACGUGAGCAACAAAAACAAUCGAUUCCUCACACCGGCUUCCAUACACAAGAAUAGGAUACAGCCGCCCUCUAAGGUGGUGCAUUUCUUCAACACUCCCCCAGAUGUGUCGGAAGAACAGCUGCUAGCAGUAUUCACAGACUACGGAGUCACUGCUCCACACACUAUCUCAAAGUUCCCGCUUAAGAGCGAAAGGUCAUCAUCAGGACUGAUGGAGUUUCAGAACAUAUCGCAGUCAGUGAUGGCCAUCAUGGCUUGUAACCACGCUACCAUCAACCACCCAGGUGCGAAAUUCCCGUUCGUUAUGAAACUGUGUUUCUCGUCGUCGCGACAGAUCGGCCAGGGCAAAGGCCAGAACCAGAACAAGAACCACAACGUAAAACAGGACGAGAGCCAGAGACAAGGCCAGAAUAAUGGAAUCGAACACGAUUACUAGUAUCGCUAAAAUUAGAGGAUGGCCUAUAUGUAAAAAUCCAAAUCGAUAUUCUAAAUACGCAUUUUUUCCUACUGUUAUUCGUUGGUGUUGCCAUGUUUAAUUUAAAUAGACCUGUGGUGUGCAGUUUUGAAAUUUUACUCUUGUCGAAAAUUUUACGGACUUUUUAACCGAAUGUUAAACAUAUUUUAUAUUUAACAGUUUGUUGUAGGGACCAUAGAUGGUUUCGACAUUUAUACAUUUGCUUGGUAAUGUCAAAAUACCCAUGAUGUAUGCAUAAUACGAGCAAGCAAAUAUAUAAACGAUUUAACCUAUUUUCUAUAACAUUAUAUUUAUUUUAAUAACGAAUAUAUAAUGUUAUAUAUUCUUAUAUGAAAUGUAUACAGACUUCUAAAUUUAAAUAUGUUUCCUAUUUUAAAUGUAUGUAUUGACACUAGAGCAUUUGACAGUUGUUUUAAAAUAUUGCUUGUUAUACUUUUUUAUAUUUUCUAAGCCAAAUAAAUUAGCCAAAGUUAUAAGAUAAAGUUAUCGAAAUGAAAUUUAUUAAAAAAUAUAUUGUAAAUAUUAUAGCUGUUCGUAAAUGUUUAUUUUGCAGGUAGAUGUAAAUGUACAAUCAAGUACUCGAGUGUCAUGUAAAAAUAGAUUAACGCGGUGUAAAUGUAAUUGUAAGUACAUAUGUAUUUUAUUUGAAAAUAAUAAAUUGCCCAAAUUCUACUUUUAUAGCUAUGUCACCUUGUUCUCCCAUAUAUGUUUAUAUGCUUGGUAUAUAUCCGAUAAUUAUAAAUGUGUUUUUUUUUUAAUUUACCUUAAAGGGGCAUAGACAAGAGAAUGACAUAUCUUUGUGAUUAUAUCCAUAACUUUAAAUGGAUCGCGUCAAUUGGUAUCUAUAGCUACGCUAAACCUAAGUAAAUAAUAUUUAAGUGUACAGUCGCGCACAAAGUAUGACGUAUUUUACGAAAGCAUCGCUUUUAGGCUUUUAAUAGAUUUGUACUUACGCUACUUUUUGUAGUCUAAUAUAAAAUGUUAUAGAAAUGAUGUUUUGUGCGCGACGGUACGUGCUUUCCUCGUCUGUCAGGUGUCAAUUUGUAGAUGGCAUUGUGGGAAUGUCACGUGAGUGCGAAGAUAGCUUUGUGGGCAUCUACAUAUCAAGAAGACAAAUAAGUUUUAGAUUUAAUAUAAAUUUUAAAUUCAUAGGGAAUUCUACGAUGUCUAUUAUCCAGAGUUUAGUGUUUUGUUUCGUUAUUUUAUGUUUUACAGCUUCUCCUACAUUUUUCUGUCUACAUAUAUGUCGGAAAACGUGUCAUACUUCGUUAUGCUUGCAGUCUAAAAUAACUCAGUUCCUGUACAGUCCUUAAAAGGCUUAAAUGAUUUUGUUGUUCUUCUAUUAUAAUUUAUAACUACAAUGAAUCGUAUUUUUCAAAGCAUUCUACAUCAACCAUGAAUACCUGGAGGCAAAUCCAACAGUAAUUUUGUUAAAGAUGUGAAUAAUAUUAUGAUAAUGUUUUCCGACAUUGAUCUCUAGUAAAUAAUACAUGCAUACUGACGUAACCGUAUUUGCUUCUAGUUAAAUGGCGACGUGGCGGCACACAAACACACAUAUCAAGGCGGACGGCUACACAUACACACACAGCCACAUCACUACGAGUGCGGGGGUCAGGGGGAAAGGGGGUUGCCAGUGUUCAAUAUUAUAAUACACUUUAACUUUUACGGUAUAAAACCUCGUUUUACUAUCUGGGAUCUUAAAUAUUUUACAGUGGCAACAUUAUUAUUCCUUAACUUGUGAUUUAGUUCACUGAUAUAAAGACAUUAACAUUUAGUUAAUUAUAGACACAAUAACAAAACCUUUUUCAUGUUAACACAUAUUCUACAUUUCCAUGUUUUUUUUUCUUUCUUUUUUACCGGGAUGGUUUCAUGCAUUCGCAUUUUAUUUUGUAUAAGUAGCGGUUUAGAUGUUGUAAGCAUUAUUCCCUUAUAUUUGAAGUAUAUUAGAUUUUAGUUUUGUCUGCGAUCCGCCAUUUUGGAUACUAAAAAUGGCGCUGAGUUUUCCUUUGUAGUGACCGUAUUAGAUAUAGGUCAUUUUUAUUUUAUUCUUAGAUAUUUUGUUACAUUAUUUCUCCGUGUUAAUAUAUGUCUGUGCGUAUUUUUAUGAUUCUGGUUGUUCAUGAUUGACAGUUGUGAAUUGUACAAGAAGUAUAAUAUAUCGUUUAUAAGGUA